AGGGUUGCAAGUAAAGGUUGGUACCACCACACCUCACUUACCUGAAAGGCAGGUGAGAUGACGGAAGCAGUGUCAAACGAUGCUUUGAGCCUACCUUCCUGGUUUCCAAAUGCUGAAACAUCCAAUCAAAUGAACUCUCCCGUGUAGUUUAGGGACUGCAGCCAACCAGCAAACCCCAUCUACUCUGAACAGGUCUGACCGGAUGAGUUAGUCAAAGGGAGGAAAAGAUUUCAGGAAUCUGAAGGAAGUCUUGUGUACAUUACUGUAAUUAAAUACAGGAAGUACCUGAUCCAUGGUUGUCGACUAAACUAAGGUGACCAGGCAGCCGAUUUCGAUUUGGUUUUCAUUUGUAACGCUUUGUCCAUUAUUUUGCCUUAGGCAUUUUAAAAGCAUGGCUAAUAAAGAGGACGACUAUGACUUCUUAUUUAAGGUUGUGCUUAUUGGUGAUUCUGGUGUCGGAAAAAGUAACCUGCUGUCUCGCUUUACCCGUAAUGAGUUCAAUUUAGAGAGCAAGAGUACCAUCGGUGUAGAAUUUGCUACAAGAAGUGUGAAAGUGCACAACAAGACUGUAAAAGCACAGAUCUGGGAUACUGCAGGACAGGAGCGCUAUCGUGCCAUCACCUCUGCCUACUACCGAGGUGCUGUGGGUGCUCUCUUAGUUUAUGACAUUGCAAAGCACCUUACUUAUGAGAAUGCAGAUCGCUGGCUAAAGGAGUUGAAGGACCAUGCAGACAACAACAUUGUCAUCAUGCUAGUGGGGAAUAAAGCAGACUUGAGACAUCUUCGAGCAGUGCCCACUGAUGAGGCCAAGUCAUUUGCAGAAAAGAAUGGCUUGUCUUUUAUUGAAACUUCUGCACUGGAUUCCACAAAUGUAGAAACCGCCUUUCACACAAUUCUUUCAGAAAUCUACCAGAUAGUUUCUCAGCGACAGAUGGCUGGGCCACCUGAAGCAGACUUUCCAGCUGGUGGCCACAUUGUAUCGAUUCCUGUGCCACCCACCCACACUGAGAAACAAACCCAUUGUUGCCAGAAUGUGUAAGGCACCCAUCCAUUGAAAUCCAACAAGGCGUGUGCUGUGCAACAUGUAACUCUUGAGCUACAGUAUCGUAGAUGGAAUAUAAAAACACUACAUCUGUAGCCUUAUUCCUCUCACUGUGAAGACCUUUGGACAAUGGAGAGCAGAUUCUUUGCCUCUUUCAUUUUCUUUCCAUUUUAAAUUGAACCAAAAUCCUUCUGUGCCAAUCAAUAGGCAUCGUUUUCUUCUAAAUAUUUGUGGAGGAGUCUUGCAAUGGCCACUGUGGCCAAAGAGAGUUUAACUGGUCUACUUUCAUAUCAGAGAAUCUAAAACUAAAAUGUGGUUUUCAGCAUUUGGAGUUAUGAAACUCAUGAUAAAGUAAAGAUGCAGUUAAUCAUGUGAACUGCAGUAGUUCACGACAUCUUUGGAUUACUAAGCUGUCUGAAACUUAGUGAUGAUUCUGGGAGUGGUGGAUUUUGUGCAUUAACGGCGACACAUCCUUAGGCAUUGUGCAAAAUGGAAUGCAGUAUGUUUUAGGAUGUACCCAUUUGUCCCUUGCCCAAUUUACCUGUAUGAGGCAUUGUGUAAAAAAACUGUAUUAUGCUGGUUUGUGUUUCCUCGCUCAUGUGGUUAAGUGUUUUAACAGAGGGACCUUUAGGCCAGGUAUAUUCAGUUCAGGAAACAUGAUUGUUAACAUGCAUAUGCAAAAAGAUACAAUUUAAUACCAAUAUUCAAGGAAUAAACUGAAAAAAAGGAGAGAAAAAAAGAUCUUUCCAGACCCAUAAGAGUUGUGCUUUAAAUAUUGCAAGUUGAUAGUAGAAGGGAAAAACCUUUUAUGGUGAUAGUAAAACUGGAAUGAUAAGGCCAGAACUUUUUGUGAAAAACUGUCUGAAUCCCCUUUCAUUUGUUUAGGUUUUGGAUAGAAUUUAAUUGCUUUUGCUAGUUUAGAUUAGUAGACCAGCAAGGUAGGAAUUAGAUCAGAAGUACUGUGGAGCAAGAGGGAUGGAGUGAGCACAUGGUGUUUUUCCCUGUUGGGUUUAAAAGUAAAAUGGCAUUAGUGAAUGACUUCAAGAUCUGGAAGCAACAAACAAAAGUGUGAUAAUUUAAGAACCCCAUUGCACAGAGCUAUCAGUGGUCUAGAUGCCUAGUAUUAAUACUGCAUUUUUACCAGUUUUGUGUGUUACCCUGCAAUGGCUUUCUUCUCCUGCAAAUCAGAAUUGAAUGGGAAGUGUCUGCUCUGCUGUACGUCCAGUUUUAGAGCAGUAGCAGCAGUUACAGCCAGUAAGAACCUUAAAACAGGUAGUGUGCUGAUUUCAUUUAGCUGAAAUGAGUAGUUUCAAAGUAAAAAUCCAUUUACUGUACCAGAUUGAGGUCUCCUUUUCAUUUUUCUGACAAAAGCUAGGAAAUCCUGCAUACUUUCUUGCAUGGGUUUUGGAUGGUCGGUUUCUGUUUGCUGCUGCUGUGUAAAAGCACAGAGAAAUAAGAUUCUUGUUUAGCCUUCAUCUAUUCCUCACUGCUGUUGAUGCAAGAUGUCAGAAGCUGCUGCUGUUUUGUAACUUUACAAAUAGAUGAUUAUGCUAUUGAAACAGUACUACUAUUGUGCAAGGAUCCUGCUUUUCUGCAGCAGUUAAUAUAAAGUGUAUGGUAAGAUGGGAAUUUAGUAAGUGUGCAAACUCUUCUGCAAUGACAGGCACUUUAGGCAAAGAAUAUUGGUUGUUUCUCAGCAGAUUAAAGUGACUGUGUGAAAUGUUACAUUAUUCAACACGUGGUAUCAUGUUACUAUUGUACACUUUUUAUUAAGAACACUUUUUAAUAUGUUUGUGCAUUGAUUGUCUGUGGUUCAGGUUUUACAUCUAACUGGUGUAUGCUUAGUAUUUAGAAACUAUAUGUAUAUUUUGGCUAACAUUUUAAAUAAAAUGUAAUAAACUGCUACUAUGUUAUUUUAAAAAGAGAGACAAAUAAAUAAAUAUAUAAUGUA